AAGAAGACAAAAAUAAUCUAAAAAAUGAGUACCUAAAAUUACAACAAGAACAACAACAGCUAAGAAAUGAAGGACCUUCGAUAAUAACAGAAUAUAACAAAGAUCCUAUAGAAAUAGGAAUAAACCAAAAAUCAGACUCACCAUAUCUAAGACCAGUAACAAGUAGACCUGGGACACCGA